UUUUAGCUAUGAAACAAAGUAACGGUAGAAGAUCCGAAAACGUAAUCCCAAGUGUCCUGAAGUGUCGCCAAAAACCUCUCCCCAUCCUCCAAAAGCCCUAGCGACCUACAUAGAAGAACUCAACACAGCAACCUCAAAUUUUUUUGAUUUUCCUUACAAGAACAGAGGCAUACCUGACAUUUUUCUAAGAAAGAUUGAAUUUUUCUUUGCACCCUUAAGAGAACACAGAAUGGGUGAAAGAGAAAGCAGUUCAUUUGUACCAGAAUCAGUCAUGGACUCUACGAAGACUACCUUGGCCAACCUAGAACAACUGCAGACCCACUUGCUUCAGUUCCUCUCUCUUUCUGACCCUGAAGUCCUCGCCGAGAUGCCCCCUCUCCAACGCGCUCAGUCUCUCUUUUUGCUGGCCAAGGCCACUACUAUUCUUUUCUCAUUGAGAUUGAGAUGCAGUGGAAUUGACCCAGAUGAGCAUCCCGUCAAGACAGAGCUUGAGAGGUUGAACUUGUACCAAGAAAAGCUUGAACGGUCCAAAGAUUUGAGUAAAGCACCAUUGCGACCUUCUACCACCUUAAAUUACCAGGCUGCUACCCGCUUCAUUGAGCAUUCUUUGCCUGACCUUACCCCUGAACAGAAGAAAAGUAUGAGAGAUAUCAGUAAAGGAGAAGGACCCAAGAUUAAGUAUUUGGAGAGGAAGAUCCAUAAGAAGAGGAAAUAUCAAUCAUCUGAAAAACAUUCAGUCCAAGCUGCUGCCUCAGAAUUUCUUCAAAAAGCAGCGCAUGAGCUUCUUGGUGAUAACGCAAGUGGCUUAAAAGGACCUAUACAAAUUGAUGCGUUAGAUGACAAUGAUCUGCAUGUGGGCUGAUUUCCUAAUUUGUCCUGGACCGCAGAGACUGGAUCUGCUGGUGUUUAACAUCUGCUUGAGUUGUACUAUUAUGACUGUGGCCUAGUUGUUGAGGAUUGCUUUUCUUGUUUCUGUGGUACGGAGCCUUUAUUAGUUUCUAUUAUCUGCCGCAGUUUUUCUUGGUGUUUGAUGAUGGGUAUACUAGCACACAGCUUGGAUGGAGAAUGGAGGGUUCUCUGAAGUCAAUUUGUUUUGGUUCUCUCGUCCACCAUUAUCAUUGUGAAUUGUUUUGGAUUGUAGUAAUCUUUUAGCUGCCUCUGUGCAGGGAAAACAAAAAAGCAAGUUAGUUUUUUUGUCUAUUAUUAUGUAAUCUGUUAUACAGUUCAUCGGAAAUGAUCAAACAUUUACUGGGAUUAUCUGUUGAUGAUUGUGUGAAAUGAAUGAAAAUUUUGAAUGUUAUUUGGCACCUAAA